AUGCGCCUUAUAGUGACAUCGUCAAAAUUUCAGAAUCCAAUCGAAAAUGAUCCUCAACCAGCAACACUGGAUGACUUGGCUGGUUAUUGGGCAUUGAUAAGUAUGGAAUUGGAGGAUCUUGAAAGAUUAUUCAAUGAAGCUGAUGAAUUGCGUAAGAAUAACUGGCAAGUUGCAUCGACAUCUGAUACGAAACAACAGCAACAAUUAUCAUCUGUGAAUAAGCCAUCGUCGCGGGUUCGUGCCUCAGAAUCCAUAACUAACAAAUCACCAGCAACGAAAUCAAAUCGGCUAACAAAAACUAAUGAAAAAGAAGAAAAGAACGCAAAAAAUGAAUUGAAGAGAGCGAAUGAAGCGAAGCGAAGACGUGAAUUAAUUGAGGCGAUGCGUAAACAAAAGGAGAAAAUGAUCAAAGAGAACAAUAUUCCUUCAGGAGGAUUCAGUGUUACAACGAAGUCAUCUGAACAUUUUGUAUGCUGA